AUGGCUGCCCGCAGCGCCGCUCUUAAGAUUGACUGGGUCAAGGUGACCAGCUCCCUCGGCCUCCGCGGCCAGACCGCUGCCUCUCUCCAGGCUUUCAAGAAGAGGAACGACGAUGCCCGUCGCAAGGUUCAGCUUCUGUCCGAACAGCCCCAGACCAUCGACUUCGCCCACUACCGCAAGGUCCUGAAGAACCAGGCCAUCGUCGACGAGAUCGAGAACCAGUUCAAGACCUUCAAGCCCGCUACCUACGAUGUUUCCCGUCAGCUGAAGGCCAUCGAUGCCUUCGAGGCCCAGGCCGUUCAGAGCGCUGAGGAGACCAAGGGCAAGGUUGAGGCCGAGCUCCGCAGCCUCGAGAAGACCCUCCAGAACAUCGAGACCGCCCGGCCAUUCGAUGAGCUCACUGUGGAUGAGGUUGCCUCUGCCCAGCCUGAGAUUGAUGAGAAGACCGCCUCUAUGGUCAGCAAGGGCCGCUGGAUGCCGGCUGGUUACAAGGAGCGCUUCGGCGAUAUGUCUGUUGUCUAA